UGCUAAUAUCAACAAAUAUGGCGCCGUCUCCCACUAAAAGAAAGGACCGGUCUGAGGACAAGAGCAAGGAACGAGGGAAGGAAAAAAGUGGUACGAAAGAGAGCACGGAUAAGGAGAGAGGUAGAGAGAAGGCCCGUAAACGUCGCAGUGCAUCAACUGGCAGUAGCAGUGAUUGGUCUCUUUCCAGCUCAAGCUCCAGCAGCAGCUCGGGCUCCAGUUCAGGAUCAUCCAGUGGCUCCAGCUCGUCAUCAGCCUCCAGCCGCUCGGGAUCCUCAAGUUCCCGCUCAUCAUCCUCCUCAAGCUCCUCCGGCUCCCCCAGCCCCAACCGCCGUCACCGUGACAACCGCAGGCGUUCACGUUCCAAGUCCAAAUCUGUGAAGAAAGAUGACAAAGAGCGUCGUAGGAGAAGCCCAAGUCCACGACCCACCAAAGUUUACCUUGGUCGGCUGACCAGAAAUGUCAUCAAGGAACACAUUCAAGAAAUAUUCUCAACCUAUGGAAAAAUUAAGAUGAUUGACAUGCCUGUGGACAGACUCCACCCUCAUCUGUCGAGGGGAUACGCCUACGUGGAGUUUGAGACGGCAGACGAGGCAGAGAAGGCACUGAGACACAUGGAUGGAGGUCAGAUCGAUGGACAGGAGAUCACUGCGACAGCCGUACUCGCUCCCCGGGUGCGUCCGCCUCCCCGUCGGCUAACGCCACCACGAAGGAUGCCCCCACCCCCUCCAAUGUGGCGACGCACCCCACCCCGCAUGAGGAGGAGGUCUCGGUCUCCGCGGCGCCGUUCUCCCAUGCGCCGAAGGUCUCAUUCCCGCUCUCCAGGGCGUCGCCGGCACCGUUCCCGCUCCAGCUCAAACUCCUCCCGGUAGAAGGCCACUCUCAUCCCCUCCUGUCAUCCUCCACUUCAGCCAAAUCCUCUCAUCACAAUCAGCUCUGAGUACAUUCAGGUUUUUUUCACCGGCAGGUUUUUCAUUUUUCAAUAUUGGAUGUUUCCUGUUACGAGUGGC